GCCAGUGAAGGAGCCGGCGCGCCUCAAGAUGUACCAUCUGACCUCACCCAUGCUGCCACGGGCCCUGGCCCAGGCCGUGCGAACAGGACAUCACAGUGGCCGAAGCCUCCAUAGCAGUGCAGUGGCAGCAACAUACAAGUAUGUGAAUGUACAGGAGCUGGACAUGGACAUGAAGUCUGUGACUGACCGUGCAGCUCGGACGCUGAUGUGGACAGAGCUCAUCCGAGGACUGGGAAUGACCCUGAGCUACCUGUUUCGGGAGCCCGCCACCAUCAACUACCCAUUUGAGAAGGGCCCACUGAGUCCACGCUUCCGGGGAGAACACGCACUGCGCCGCUACCCAUCUGGGGAGGAACGCUGCAUCGCCUGCAAGCUCUGUGAGGCCGUCUGUCCUGCGCAGGCCAUCACCAUUGAGGCUGAGCCAAGAGCCGAUGGCAGCCGCCGGACUACACGCUACGACAUCGACAUGACCAAGUGUAUCUACUGUGGCUUCUGCCAGGAAGCUUGCCCUGUUGACGCCAUUGUGGAGGGCCCCAACUUUGAGUUCUCCACUGAGACACAUGAGGAGCUGCUGUACAACAAGGAGAAACUGCUCAACAAUGGGGACAAGUGGGAGGCUGAGAUCUCCGCCAACAUCCAGGCUGACUACCUGUACCGGUGACCUGGCCACCUGGCUCAGUCCCGUGGCCCCUGCUGCCCAUAAAGAAGCUAUG